GCCUCCUCCGCCGGGGCGCGGGGCCGGGGCCGGCUCCGAGCCGGGGAGUUUAUUCCCGAGCCCGAGUGGGUGAACGAAGCCUCCGUGCGGUGAGGGUUGGAGCAAAGCGUCCUCCGUGCCUGGCGUUGCGCCGUUUGCAGUGUCCACCUGGAGUGCGAAGCUGUGGCCGCGGAUGGAGCAAGCAGAGAAGCAGAGACUGAUCCAGCGUGACAUGAGUUUGGAAGUUCUAGACUAGCUCUAGCUCUUUGGCGUUAUGCUUGACACAGGCUUCUUUCCUUCUGAUUUGUUUGUUUUUCUGUUUUUCCUACUCUUGUUAGCAGUGUUCUCUACAGACUAUUGCCCCUCCCUUUGUUCUCCAGCUCCAACUGGUGUGACGGUGCCUAUUCCAAAUUAUUUUUCCCUGUUGAGAGAUACUGAUUACUUAAAGUAUUUCCUUUUUAAGUUCUUGGUCAUAGGAAAUGCUGGAACUGGAAAAUCGUGUUUACUGCAUCAGUUUAUUGAGAAGAAAUUCAAAGAUGACUCAAAUCAUACUAUAGGAGUUGAAUUUGGUUCAAAGAUCAUAAACGUUGGUGGUAAAUAUGUAAAACUGCAGAUAUGGGAUACAGCAGGACAAGAGAGGUUCAGGUCUGUAACAAGAAGUUACUACAGAGGUGCUGCAGGUGCUUUGCUUGUCUAUGAUAUUACCAGCCGAGAGACCUACAAUGCGCUUACCAAUUGGUUGACAGAUGCAAGAAUGUUAGCCAGUCAAAAUAUUGUGAUAAUACUGUGUGGAAACAAAAAGGAUCUUGAUGCAGAUCGUGAAGUUACUUUUUUAGAAGCAUCCCGGUUUGCACAAGAAAAUGAGCUGAUGUUCUUGGAAACAAGUGCACUAACAGGGGAAAAUGUUGAAGAGGCCUUUGUACAGUGUGCAAGAAAAAUACUCAAUAAAAUUGAAUCAGGAGAACUAGAUCCAGAAAGAAUGGGCUCAGGUAUUCAGUAUGGAGAUGCUGCUUUGAGACAGCUGAGAUCACCACGAAGAGCACAAGCAGAAAGUGCUCAGGAAUGUGGGUGUUAAAGAAACAAAACAUGAAAAUCCCAAAUACUGACCUUAGAUAUAAAAGCUGUCCAUACAAAUGGUGUUUGAAGAAACAGACAGUUUGAAGGCUAUGCAGUUUUUCUUAAAACAUCUUCCAACUAUAUAUAAACAGGAGCAGACCACUGCUGACAAAGUGAACUGUGUAAUGGGAUGCAGGAAUGUGCACGUGACACAAAAGACUGCAAAACAAACCUGAUAAUUUGGUGGACGAUGUUAGGGCUCUUACCUGUAUGUAAACACUUUCCAUAACCUAUUUUUGUUCCUUCAUCUUUAGUUUAAAGCAUUGCUAUAUACUGUAUAUAAUAUAACAGUAAAUUUACAAAGCAUGAUAUACUUAUAUAUGAAGAUAGAAUGUUGCACUACAAGCAGUAAUACUUUAUUUUUUUAUCAUAUAAACUAAAAUUUAACUGAGGUAGGCUUUAUCAUGUUUGUUUGUUGCACAAUAGGUUAUAUUUAUUACCUGAAUUAUAAAGCCUCUGGCACUGAUUGUCAGUGAUGGAUUUUUUUUUUUUCCUUAGUUUGGCACAUUCUGCAAGCUGUUUAUAUGACUAAUACUGAAUACAUGGUUAGGACCUUUACUUAUAUUUACUAAUAUGACAAUUUGGAAAAGACAUUUUUAUUGAAGUGCACCUACCCUAUUUUCUCACAGUUAUUAAAUAAGUAUCUUUCGAAGGUCUUUUGUCAAACUUCAAAAGUUUAGAAAAACUAUUUCUAAGUGAGUAGCAAAUGGCUGUUGACUACUUGGAUUUUGGAUUUUUCUGUUUGCUUGGUCCUGAUACUUUGAAUAGCGCUGGUGUCAUGAGGAAAUAUUUAUGUGUGAACAGAACUGUGCAUAUUCUUUUUGUUUACAACUGUAGUCCAGGGGCAUGGACUUGCAGAGGAUGAUCAUGAUAAGAUGUUUCUUAAGCUCUUAUCACUAGCAAAGCAGUCAACUAUGGAAAAAAAGACUUCUGCUGAAAGCACAUCUGGUAAGGUACAAACUGAACCCAUGUGGGUUCUUCCAAAGUAUGCUGAAUGUAAGAAAUUUAAAAUAUCAAUUAUUUCUUGUGUUUUAAACAUUCAUAAAGUAAAAUUAAGAACUUGAAAUUUUAAAAACAGACUUUACAUUUGGGAACUUACUUGCAGUCCAUCUUGCUGGGGCUCUGCCUUUGUGAGUGCACUCUACGUAGAGCUGUCUGUAUCACCCCCAGGAGAUUCACAUAACGGAGGGAGAAAAAAAAUAAGCACAUUGCUUACCUAGUUCUUUGUCCCCCUGAAAAUCAUUAAGGGGACUUACAGCAUUUGUGUUGAUUUUAAUAUGUUAAAACAUGCAAUUUGAACUUCCCUCCUACCCUCCUUUUAUUGUGGGGAGAGGGUGUGGGACAACAGAUUAGAAAUCCUGUCCUUAUUGCUCUGCUGGAGACAGAAGAGGAAGAGACUUGCAGAGGUUCAAGAGGGAGGCCAGAACCACUGUGGCUUUUGUACUGCCAGGCAAGGUGCUAAGGAAUUUAGUAUAGUGUUUCUAGUGAUACCUAAAUGCAAUCUAGAAAAGAAAUGGUGUGUGUGGGGGGAGGGGGGGGAACAGCACCAGAAUAGUGGCACUGAUGGAAAUUACUAGUGACAUUUUUACUUAAUUAGUUGUACUACUAGGAAUUGGAUGUCUCCUAAGGAGUACACAUUAACACAGAAAAUAAUUUGAUCUGAACCUACUAUUGAAAUCUCAAAUGUACUUUAUUAUUUUCUAUAUAGGAAUCUUUUCUAUUUAAGGGGACACUUGCCUAAUGCAUGUUUAAAAACUAAAACACAGCUGAUGCUGUAAUUCAGAGGGCAGUUAUAGCACAGAAGCAAUGCUACCAUCUUUCAUGGAAUUGUGUUUAAAAAUAUUCCCUUUGUCCUGACAUUUUUGGUUCAAAUGGAUGCUUUUCUAGAAGUUAUACAGCUAAGUUAUCUCUGAAUUAAAAGUCUAAAGAAUUAAGUUUGCUUUCUAAUGGAAAGGCCUAGGUUAAGUCUUAAAAAGGCUGUUGGAUCCAAGGAGAUUAUUUUGUUAUAUAUUCCUCUAUUGCCUAUGUCAUGCAAGAUUGGAUUUGUUACAUAAAUCUGUUAAGAUUGUAAAGUGUUUUUGAAGCGGCUUAAUCCAGCAUUUACAAGACCUUACCUGUCUUAAUUCUCAUUCAUGUUACUUGUUUUCACUACCUAGAGCUGGGAGUAAUUACCAAAAAGCAAAUCCACCAAAAUAGGUGUUGGAUGUAGUUAUCUCCUCCACCAAUCCAAAUAUAUCGUUCAGUGAGUUAUGUUGUUUUUCUGCCAGAGGCUGGAGGUGGGGAGGAGUUUCUAAAACCCCAAACCAAUGCUGAAAUGGUAGAAAAAUGAGGUAUCAGAGAGUCUGGGUUUUUUUCCCUUCUCAUAAUUUAAUCAAAGUUCUUGGUACACUGAUAAAACUGCUCUGAUGUAGCACAGGUAAAGGUCUCUCUUCUGUCACUAUUACUAUGGUUGAAAUGGAAUUGGCUUUUGAUCAGAACUUCUUUCCCUUGUUACACUAGCAGCUGAAAAGAAAGGGAAAGGACUACUUAAUUGUUACUUUUCUUUCAGCAGUGUAUUGCUCAAGUCUUAGGGAGUUUGUGGUUUUUUGUUUUUGUUUUUUUUUUUCGUUUUGUUUUGUUUUGUUUUGACACUCACCUUUACCAUUAUCUAGAAGACUGGCCUCUGGUUCAUACUAGCUCUGAUCAUUUUGAUAAAGCUCCUGGAGUUAAGUAGUAAGCACAAUUCUACUGUUUCCUGUAACCAGUUGUCUUAAACUCUCCUCUUCCCACAAGGAAAGAAGGAAUAACUUCUUUAUAAUCCCUUUUGACAUGGUUUCUACUAUUUUUAAGUGCACCCAUAUGCUAUUAGUACAUAUUAACAAGGCUAAUGUAAAUGUUUUGUAAAAUGGUACAACCUUUUUAUGUUAUGGAUAUGCAGCAUAAAAGGAAAUUUCUAACACAACAACUGUUGAGGGAUCUGCUAUUAGAAGAAAUAGCUCUCAGCAGUACAUGUCACAUUGCUUACUAUUUUCUCCUCUAAAGAUUGUUUUUAUAUUUAUAAAAAUAAACAUCAUGCCAGUAACAGCCCUGAGGUAGAUUUUAAAGUUUAUUACAGUUCACAGGGCAAACCAAACCCUAGCUCACCUAAAUAAAGUGGUAAAUAUUUAACCCAUGUAUGUUUUAGUGUACAGUGACUCUACCAAAAACCAGAUGGCUUAGGGUUUUAUUAUACAAGAGACACAACACAUACUAGAAUUUAUUGGUUGUGGAGCUUUAGCUGUUUGACUUUAAAAGGUUUAAAUGUCAUAUAAAAGCCUUUGUCUUGCCUUUUAAUGAGUCUGUUGGGACUACACUAUUUCAUUUGAUGCUUAUAUCUAACACUGAAUAAAGAAUUUUUCUUGAUA